AUGGACCAGAAGUGGAGGUAUGAUCUGGCCAGUUUACUACGAGCACAUAAACCUCAUCAAGUUACGGUGACAUGUAAGGGCAGUGAUAAUGGUUUCAUUGCAUAUCAGAAUGCGAUUACGGCUCGCUUUUUGCAGCAGCCAGUUGUAUGGAAAAGGCAAGGAAAGCCUUUCCCGCAUCCUUUGACGUUUUCAUUGAAAUUUUGUGCGUUCGAUGAGAGCCUAUGUUUUGGACCACAUAUGACACAUUCGGAUCUGCCGAACAUUGCGUAUCUUCAUGUAUUUGUGAUAGAUUCAGCGUCCGUGGAUGAAUAUCGAACAUCUGUCCGUUACAAUGUUUCUGAAUGGUUCGCCAAGGUAAGCACUAAAAGUGAUGUGCAAUGGUUAAUCAUCAUUGAUUCGACCAGAGCAAAAGAGAAGAAGAAUAGACCAGCUUUGAUAGAGAGAUUAAAACAUGAUUUCAGUAAGCAUACGUCGAGGCUGAUCGAAGUGUCAGAGUCAGUAGAACAUGGCUCGUUCAUGGGUUUGGUGCAAGCGGUGCAAACUGCUUUGCUUGCCCACCUCGACAUUCUCAGUGACACCUGGGAAGCGUCUCUCAUCACUGCUAGGGAGAAAUAUAUUGAAAUGAAUUGGAGUUUGUCAAACUUCUGUUCAUCAACAAUGGAGUUUGCUCGAUUAUAUUGGAGUCUGGGAGCGUAUGAACAUGCGAUGCAAAUGUAUGAUGAUCUUGACGUUCAUCUUUUCGAUAUAAUCAACAAAAUGGCUGAAGAAGACGCCAUUCGACAUUUUCUUCUGGCACAACAGAUUCUGUUGAGUCUCUCUCAGUACAACGCAAAACAUCGUUCACGUGGUGCCCCACCGUCGCUCAGGGUCGAUUUCGCUGCUCUGGUAUUGCGAUAUACCCAUCGAGUGAUGAAUAUCGUUUUGGAACAGUCACGAACUUCUUUGAUGAAUGUAUCCGUUGCUCGCCUAGCAUGUUGGUGUCUUGUUGUGUCGAGUGAAGCGUUACAUAUUGCUGGUUUGCUGGCCGAUCCGUCAACCGUCGAAGGAGCUGCCGCAGCUUUAUGUGGUAUUCAAACGCAAAGAUUCUACUCUAUGUUGGAUUUGGCAGAAUUGCCGGAAAGUGGUCCAUCAGAAACACGGUCAUCGCUUUGUGAAUGGCUUUCUGCCUCUGAUGAUUCAAGUGGAAGUGGAGAGUAUCUUCGAGAAGUUCUUCAGUCACCCAACAAUUUCGCUUCACAGUUUUUCAAGGCACACGAAUUAGCUUCGGCUACCCUAAUGCAGUGCGGGCGAACUAGACAGGCUGCAUACAUCGGUUGGAAGAUGGCUGAGUGGAUGAGAAGGAAUGAUCGAGACGCUGGAGCACUGCCAUUGGAGCUACGAUUUGUAUCUUCUUUGCUGGAAAGUGGUGCGAAAUCUCAGCCAGUUGUUGAUGUGAUGAAACGAAUUGUGCCACAUCUAAAGGACGACAUUGACUUUGAACGGUCACUGUCAUAUCGAUUAUAUGUAGCACUGCAUGACUCUGAUGAAGAUGAACGGAAGAAAUUUGCCGAAGAGUUUAUCGAACAACUUUCUAGCGGAGACAGGGCCAAGAAAUUAAGCCUUGCUGAACCGCCAGGAAUCCCGAAGGAUCUGUUUCGUGUCACAGUCAGAGGUUUCACACCGAUCGUACAAGUGCCCAAUGGUCGUGUAUCGAUUGAUUUUGAAGUUAUUUCAAAGUUUCCAAUUUCAAUUCCAAAUUUCUGCCUACGCUUAAAACUUCGAGAAGUCGAUGAGCAUGUUCUGUCGAGGCGAAAAGGGAAUGUGUACGAUGUGCACUUCAGUGAGCGAGAACAAGUUGCGCGUGUGAUAACACUGAGUAAAUCAAAACACCGUAGGAAAUCCCUUUCUCGCUCAAAAUCACCGGUGGCCUCGCAACGAUCAGGCGAAGAACUUCUGCUCACCUGCUCCAGUCAAGAUCUAGACCCUGGAAGCAAUGAAAUAAUAGUAUCAGGCCUGGUGCAGUCUCGGGGUUGCUUCAUAUUGGAUAGCGUUCAGGCAACGUUAUUUGAUGAUAUGAUAUCGAUAAGUAUUGACGAUGUGAAGACUAAGAGGAUGGUCACUAUUUUCGUGCAAAGCACUCCGAAUAAGUUGUGGAUUGACCAGAGCAGAGAUCUCUUGGCGGGAGUUGUGCAACGAGUGAAUGUUACCGUUGAAGCCGGUUCGAUGCUGGACUCUUCGAAGGUUGAAGUUCGUUCCGAUCCCAAUGAUGGGAUUGAAUUUAUGGGAGCUGAUCGGACGUGGUCAUCAAAUGUCAGCGUUGAAAUUCCACAACUUGGACCCGGAGGAAAACACACUUUCGAGUUAACGUUAUGUCUCCUUAUGGAUUCUGCCUUCACAGCUUCACCGGCUGUGCGUAAAGCCAAGAUCAGUUGCGAGUGGUUUGGAAGGGUAUGGUCGCUGGAAUUGCCGUUCGUUGCGCUCCUAAUCAUGACGUCCAAGACCUCUAUGCUAGAGAAUAAAACAUUACUCGAAUUGGAAAUAGCACGAGCAGUUGGUCAUGCCGAGCAGUGGACUGUUGUGCUCGAGAAUGCCGUAAUUGAAGCGAUAGAUUCGUCAGUGACAAAGGAAACACCUAAUCAGCUCGGCAAACUGCUCAACAGGGACCUUGGCGAAAAUGAAUUGGAAUCUGACGAUAGAAUGUUUCUCGACAGAUUAUAUUCGUACCACGAUACGUUUGAUCUCCACGUGCCUAAGGUAGGCUAUGAGCUAUGUGCACAAAUGUUGUCACAACAGCCGGGUGCUCAACUUUGUCGUGCUGGUACAGCGUGUGAUCUCGUGAUUUCCUUAAGGUCUAUGGUGCCGUGCGUGGAAAUUCUCUAUAUUGUUCUUGAUGCCGACGAAAAAUUAUGGAAAGUGACAGAAAGAGCAAAAGUGAUUCAAGUGAAAGAAUCUGGCCUUGGUCAAAUUGCCUUCAGUAUCGUGCCAUGCGCAGCCGGUUUCUUGCCGUACCCAUCAGUAUCGGUGUACAGUUGUAAUUCAAUUGGGGUGACCAGCAAGUGUCGAGGAGUACGUAUGCUCUCCUCGAGCAGAUAUCAUGGAAUACGACGGGUGUCAUGGGUGUUUGCAAUCAGCUGUAUACUGGUGUUUAUAAUUUUCUCGCUACGACAGGAUGAUAUAACAGAUAGUGCAGUGUCGCCUCGAAAAAAAGUUGGCGGUCCUUUCGAUCCACAACCGAAAAGUUUUUUGCAGGCCAUAGUCCAUCUUGACCUCAAAGGUGCUCCACCAUUGAUGAGUGUGUAUGAAUGGUUUUUCCCGCUCCUAAGAAGUCUAGGUGUUCAUGGAGUGUUAAUGGAAUACGAGGAUAUGUUCCCUUAUUCAGGGGAAUUGGAGAAGGUGAAAAGGGUACAACACUAUAGUGAAGCGAAUGUUAGGGAUAUCAAUAGGCUGGCUGCCACCAACAAUUUGGAAAUCAUACCAUUAGUGCAAACAUUUGGUCACAUGGAAUUCAUUUUGAAACACUCACGUUUCUCUCAUUUGAGAGAAACUCCAUUGGCGGUACGUUUCAACAUUGACUUUGAUUUUUGGAUUUUUGAUAGGGUUUUUCAUAUAUUUCGGAACGCAGAUUCCACUGUUUUGGUUUGA